CCGGACUUCCGGUAUUCCAGGUGUACUGGGCGGAAGAAGGCUCUAUGUAUCGGCAUAGAUUAUACUGGUCAGCCCGACAUAGAGCUCCGAGGUUGCGUGAACGAUGCUAAGAACAUGUUCAAUUUCCUUCAAGAGAAUUACGGCUUUCAUAAAAAAGACAUGGUUCUUCUCCGAGACGAUGCUCACUAUAGUCGAGAUAUUCCGACGAAGGAGAAUAUACUCAAUGCAAUGAGGUGGCUCGUCAAUGAUGCACAGCCUAAUGACUCAUUGUUCAUACACUACUCAGGCCAUGGUGAGCAGACUAGAGAUCUGGAAGGUGAUGAAGUCGAUGGUCUUGAUGAAGCCAUUCUCCCGCUUGAUCAUCAAAAAGCUGGAAUGAUCAUAGAUGAUUUGAUGAACGAGAUGAUGGUGAGACCCCUUCCGAGGGGAUGUCGCCUGACCGCCGUCUUUGACUCUUGCCAUUCAGGAAGCAUGUUGGACCUUCCGUUCCAAUAUAAUUCAGGUGGGGGGCUCAAACCAAGCCAGGUCACUCCUGGCUUCCGUAAGGCGCGGUCGACUCCCGCUGACGUGGUCUCCUUCAGUGGAUGCAAGGACACAGAAACGAGUGCUGAAACGUGUGAGGAAGGGCUCUUCGUGGGUGCCAUGAGUUACGUACGUGCUAUUUCCCUUUUGGCGCAGAUGGGCCAUAACGAAGCUUAG